UGUCGUCAAUGCUUGCAAAAAUACUGCCAUCUGGUCAGUUUAUCUUCGUUGAUCAUUUUAAAAAUGUCGGAUUUGUGAAUAGUGCGGCGAGAGGAGGACCAAAUCAAGAUACCUUUUUAAAGAUUUUACACAAACCAUGCCGAAAUACUUCUGCGAUUACUGUGAUACAUAUCUUACUCAUGACUCGCCCUCUGUUCGCAAAACUCACAACAACGGAAGGAAACACAAGGACAAUGUGAAGUUUUAUUAUUCAAAAUGGAUGGAAGACCAAGCACAAGCAUUGAUCGAUCAAACCAUUAAAGCGGCUGAAAAAAACACAAAACACAUGCCUAAUAUGCCAAAUCUUCCUCCUGGUAUGUUGCCACCUCCAGGAAUGAUGCCACCACCCGGAAUGAUGCCACCCGGUAUGAUGCCACCCAUGGGGAUGAUGCCCCCACCAGGUAUGAUGCCUCCCGGUAUGCCACCCAUGCGUAUGAAUGCGCCACCCACUGGCCCUAUAAAUCCUAAUAAGAGGCCUGGUGGGCCUAUGGGUGGACCACCACCACAAAGACCAAUGGGACCGGGCGGUCCUCCACAAGGACCACCCCCAAUGAAUCGUGGUGGCCCACCUAUGAAUAUGCAAAGACCGUUAAUGGGUGUGAAUGCUAGGCCGCCCAAUAUGCCACCUGCCAAUAAUAGAGGACCACCCCCGAAUUUCCGAAAUUAGUACAAAUUGGAAAAGUUAUUUCAAACUAGGAUUGUUUUUUGGUACGAAUAAUCGUGCAAAGAAGGAGAGGGAAAUGAGAAACGCUACCUUAAACAUGUAGAAUGCUAAAUAUAACUAAAACAAAUGUGUUAAAGGACCUUGGAGCUGAGUUUAUUUGUAGUUAUAAAAGCUGAGUUUAUUUGUUGUUAUCAGAGCUGAGUUUAUUUGUAAUUAUCAGAGAUGUUUUUGACUCAUUUGAUGUUAGAGUA